CGCGCAUACUUUAGCAUUGAAGAAACGCUUGUUUCUCAGACCUUGCUGUGCUUGACGUGCCAUGGCGACGGCGUCCAUCUCUCCUUCCAGAAACUUUUUUUUAAGUUGGAAAUCAGGGGAUUUCAAGAUCCAUCCUGCAUUUCUUUCAUUAAAAUCAGGAUUCCAAAGUACUUGCAGAAAUGGUUCUUCAAAUAGAGUUCAUGCAUUGCCUUGGUUUUUUACCGAUUUCACAUCAAUUCAGGGCACACAUUUAUCUAGACGAUGUUCUGUUAUUGUGUGUACUGGUUCUCAGAAUUACGACUUCAAUGAGAAGAUGAAGCUGCCUUUAGAUAUUUAUGAUCAUGAUGGGAAGCUCAUUUCCUAUGUGGAUUAUUCUCUCAAGCUAUUGCAUGAAUUGGCUGCAAAUGUUUUUGCUGAUUUUAAAUCUCAUGAAUCCUCAAAAAACUUUCUGAAACUUGUCAAGGCAUGGAUAGGUGUGGAUGUCGACUUACAUCUCCGGCAAACUGCAUAUCUGGCAGCAGUCUAUGGUUUUCUUAAAGCUGUAAUGGAUAUGGUUAGCAUGUUUGAUGAUCAAUAUCUUUUAUGCAUCAGUCUUACAUCAAAUUUAAGCUUGAUCAUGGAAUGCAUCGAAGGGGUGUUGGGAAACAAGGACCUCGAACUAAUGAAACGGUUUAGAAUAGAACAAGUUCUUGUGUUGAAUCGAUACUUUGCUCCUUCAUUGGAAAGAUGGGCCUCAGAAUAUGCAAAAUGGAAGACAUCCAAUGAGCUUAAGAUGAUCUCUUUGACUAUCAGCAGUUGUAUUGUUGUUACAAAGUUGGGUGCCCAAAGAAUUUCUUGCCCUGCAUUUUACACAUCUCUUGCUGAAACAAUACAGGAACUUUUUGAAUCAGCACGUGGUCUCGGAUCAUUAGGCAUUUCAUAUCAGUUUGCAACCAUGGCUGGUCAUGAACAUGAAUUCUUGAACAUUUUUGGUCCCAAGGUAUUGCAUCACAAUACAGAAGAUGAGAUACUUUUUUGGAUGACGUUGUUACAGAAAAAGCUUUUUGCUGCAUUUGUUAAAGAGACUUUUCUUCACCAGCUUGAAGGUUCCUUUGAUAAUCAGGUUUUGGCACGGGAUUUGGCUAUUCUAGGACUAUUUGCGUUUCUGGGAAGGAAAACAAGACUGUUCUUAUUGCAUAUGGGCAUAAAUGAUAUUGAAGAACCUUUGAAAAGCUUCAUCUGUUACUUGGAAUGCGGCAUCCUGUUUGUAUAUCCGAAUCUGUCUUCCUUAUGCAUGUAUCAACAAUUCAUGGAGGUUGUAACCGAGGAAAUUAAGUGGCUCGAUUUAUAUUCUGAAGUGUCGCGCACUAGGCAACAAGCUAGAAAGCGGUCGAAACAACAUCCUACACAAGCUGAGAAAGAGAUAAUUCUAUCUGCAGUUUUUGGUGUUUGCUCAGACAUAUUCUCAAACUUUGCUCUCUACUGUAAGAAGACUCAAAAAACUCCGAGUGUGAAUGUUGCGAUCUUUUUGAAUGAAAGCAAAAACCUUCUAAGCCUUUGCCUUGAAGAUUACUGGGCUGCUUAUGAUAAAAUAUGUUCGUUGACAGAGAAUGCAAAUUUAUCAUGUAGAGAUCCCCAUGAGAAGCUUGCAGAUCUUACUGCUAAUGAAAUAUUUGAACCACCAACAACUCCAAAUUUUACAGAAAUAGACCAGCCUGUCUGCUCUGAUAAGAUCUUCGAUGCAUACCCUGAAGCUGUCAACACAGAUCCUCCUCGGAGCAUAAUUGCAAAAUAUAGCCAUUUUGUUUUAUCUACUAUGACAGAUCUGUGCAUGGGAAUUCAAUUGCUCUUUAUAGACAUAUCGGUCACCAUCUCCUUUCUUCGAAAACCACUCUAUGGACGAAAGCUUACUACAACGGAAAGGAAGAAGAUUUUUCAAACAUUCAUUGAUGUCAUUUGCGUCAUUCCGUUGGUGGUACUAAUGCUACUUCCCGUGACUGCCAUUGGUUAUGUCAUUAUCUUAGCAGUAAUCAAGAAACUCAUGCCGAAUUUGGUCCCUUCUUCAUUUUCAACAGAAAGAUUGGAUGUCAUAAAGCAAUUGACAAGAGCUAAGAAGAUGAAAGGACACCCAUCUUGUGGCCAUGUUAGCUGAAAUGUUGCAAAUAGUUAAACAUAUUUCUCUUUGUUCUUUCAUUGACAUAUAUUAAUUGGUUGAGAUAUUUUUAUAUCAA